CCGGAAACCGGAGGAUGCUUCGCCCUGCGAGCACACGUGACCUUCGGCCAGUGACGCCGGACGCGCCCUUGAGCGACAGCCCAGAGACGCCCGACCCCGCGGCGCCGCGCCGCCUUGCGCUGCGGCGGCAGUCGUCCGUGACCGUGCCGCAUGCCAUCAAGUGUCUUUGCAGCAAGCGCCUCGUGGCCAAGGGCGCCGACACGUCGCUGUGCCCAAUGCAUUCGAUCGACUACAUGGCGGCGCUGCCGAUAGACCGGCCCAAGCUCGCGUGCAUUCCGCCCGAGGCCAGCAUCAAGAGCCUCCCGCCGUUCGUCGUCGGCGAGCACGUCGUGUUGCUCGGCGGCCUCCCAUCCUCCUCAUCCUCCUCGUCAGCCUCGCCGCCCAAGUCGCCGCUCAAGAAACUGCUCGCAUUCGAGCACUGGCGCAGCACCGUCCGCAUCGUGAGCGACGCCACCUACUGCACCGAUGGCACGUUCUCCAUCGAGACGUCCGAUGGCACCAUCUACGAUGGCAUCUCGAGCAUGCGCCUCGAGUCGACGACGAAAGCACCCACGGACGUGACGCCGCGCUACGUCGACAAGCUCAUCUUGAAGCUGGGCCGGAACGGCGCCGAGCUCAACGUCCGAGAGCUCUCGAUCGUGCCACCGACAGAGUUGGGGCGCGAUGAGCUGGAAGCCAUGCUAGCACAGUACUCGAAACUCAUUGCGCUCAAGUACCUCUCGCCCAUCAACAUGAGCACCGUGCUGUGUCGCCGGUCGGCGCUGUACGCGGCCUUGGGCGAGUACGAGGCGUCGCUCCAAGACGCAGAGGUCGCGAUCGGCCUGCAGCCCAAUAUGACCAACGCUCAUUUCCGAAAGGGCGUCGCGCUCGCCAGCCUCGGCGCCUUCCCCGACGCCUGCGUUACGCUCCGACGAGGUCUCGAGGUUGACGGCUCCUGCGCCCACUUGCGCCACGCCCUCCAAGUGGCCAUGGACCAUCUGCACCACGCGCCAAAGAUGGGAUGAGCGCAUCUAAUGGAUCGAUCCUCGUGCAUCUGUCCAGGAUUCCUCGGGAUGCAGGUACAUCUGCGACAGGACA